AUGGAUACUGAAAGUGAAGUAGUACCAAGUGGUAGUAAUGUGAAUACCCCUGGACGUCUUAGAAGUUUGUUUGAAAAAGAGACAGGCCACCGAUCCACAUUGUAUAGAAGAACUAAGAGAUUGAAAUCGGAGUUGCUCGGUGACGUAGCCAUGAUGAUACUUCCCGAUUUCAGAGUCGAGGCUGGUGAAUGUCUAGUUGAUGAAACUUCUUGUAGCGUCGUUAACGUGCAAAGUGACACGCAAACCACUUUACCAAGUAAUGCUGCGGGCGCUCUUUUGUCCCAUGAGAUACGUUCCGAUAAGGCGAAAGAAC